GGAAAGCUGACGCACAUGUGCACGCACACUUACCGGGAAACACUUCAUUUACUGGUCUUUUUUUGAAAUCUCCAUUAGACCAAGCUCAUUGGCUGGAAAAGAAACACGCAUGCACACAAAAACACACACCAUCCAGCAACAGAUAUCUCAGUGAAGUGAUCAAGUGUAGACCAGUGCGAGGUUAGCUACUGACCGAAAGAGGACUUCACUGUGAGCGUGAAAGGUAGCUAACCAGAAACAUGUCUGACAAAAUCAUCGAUUUGGAAGAGACCGCAACCCACACGGGUCCCAAAGGAGUCAUCAAUGACUGGAGGAGGUUUAAGUUGGAAAGCAUGGAACAGGAAAACUUACCACCUGCAAAAAGGGAACUGCUGAGACAGAUGUCGUCCCCAGGCGGGCCAAAAGACGACUCUAGAGCAAACCUUAAUCGCAAGAUGAGUGUCCAAGAGUAUGAACUGCUUAAGGAGGAGGAUGAAGGAUGUCUGAAGAAGUACAGAAAGCGGUGCAUGCAGGAGAUGCAUGAUAAGCUCAGCUUCGGGCCCAAGUUUGAAGGUGUGCAUGACCUGAACAGUGGAGAGGCUUUCCUAGAAGUCAUUGAGAAGGAGCACCACACCACAGUGGUGGUGGUCCACAUCUAUAAGGUUGGGGUCAAAGGUUGUGAGGAGCUCAACAACUGCCUUGACUGCCUGGCCACUGAGUACCCCACUGUAAAGUUCUGCAGGAUUGAUGCUGUUGCAUCCGGUGCUGCCGAGCGGUUCUCAGAUGAGGUUUUGCCUACACUACUGGUCUACAAGGCUGGAGAACUACUGGGGAACUUCCUGGCCUGCACACAGCACCUAACUGAGGAGUUCUUCGCGACUGAUGUGGAAGCCUUCCUCAACAGCUAUGGCCUGCUGCCAGAGAAAGAGAUGCCUAUGUUGGAAGAUGACGAUGAAAAUGAUGUAGAGUAAACAAAGAGCUGCUGAGGAAGGACGGAAGCUGUCUUGGAGGGUUGGAUAUAGAGCUAUGAAAGACAAUUUAUAACAUAAUAUAAGUUAUUUGUUUGGGCUACAGCAAAUAGAAAAAAUAUAACAUCUCCACUAGAUCACUAGUGUUUGAGGACCCUUCUCUAAAGGAGAAAAUGUUUUACAUACAGUUGGUGAAGAAACCUCAGGUGUCCCACAUAUGGGAGCUCUCAGAUAUGGGUUGGGUUACAGCGAGGAGAUACAGCAUUUAUUUAUCACAAAUACCCUCCCCACCACCCAGAAAAAAGCCAAAACCAGCUAA